AUGCUUAAUGAUAAAAAUGGGAUGUUACUACUUGAAGAAUGUAAUAACUUAAAAAAGUUUAAUAAAGUACUUGUACAAGAUUUAGAGCAACAAAUGGUGUUUGUAGAUGAGUUAAUGGAAGAGAUUAAAACAGCAGGUGUGUUAACAGAAGAGACAAGCCUUAAUUAUGCAUUUUUAAACUUUUAUAAAAAACGAUGUGAAAAUAUUAUUAAUGUUUAUUUUUACAGAAGAUUUUUAAUGACUGAUGAAACGAAUUUAGAUUUGUUGAAUGAUGAUGAAAGAAAUAGAUGGAUUGAUUUAAAAAAUGCACAAUUAGAUUAUUUUUCUAAAUUUCCAAAAAUUUCUUUUGAGAGAACAAACCAUCCACCAGAAGCACUUUAUGUUCAGGUAAUAUGUUUGAAGGAUUCUGGUAUUAUUUAUGAUGAAGAAGAAAUUGUUGAACUGAUAAAAGGAAGGAUUUAUUUUUUGAAAAGAAAAUCUAUUGAACAUUUACUUUUAGAAUCAGCUCUAGAAAUAUUUAAUUAG